UUCCCCAAAGUGAGUGAGUGAGACGGGCAGAUGGAGGAGGGACUGUAAUGGCGGCGGCCGGCAGCUCCCUGCUCUGAUCCGCGGCAAGCACACGGCAGCCACCCCCUCCCCGGCCCUCUCCCGGCCGGCCCCCGCCCUGCCGUCGGCGCGGGGCCACCGUCCCGGCCCGCCCCGCAGCUGUCGGUGUCUCGCUCUGCGCCCCGGCCGGGGCCCCACACACAAUGGACGAGCUGGCCGGAGGCGGCGGCGGCGGCGGCCAGGGGAUGGCGGCCCCUCCCCGGCCGCAGCAGGGACCCGGGGGGAACCUGAGCCUGCCGCCGGGAGCGAACGGAGCGCCGGGCGGUGGGGGUCCGGCGGCCGCCGAAGCGGCGGGGCCCCCGGCAGGCCCCGAGCUGUCCCGGCCGCAACAGUACACUAUCCCGGGGAUACUGCACUACAUCCAGCACGAGUGGGCCCGGUUCGAGAUGGAGCGGGCGCACUGGGAGGUGGAGCGGGCCGAACUGCAGGCACGGAUUGCAUUUUUACAAGGAGAAAGGAAAGGUCAAGAGAAUUUGAAGAAGGAUUUAGUGAGAAGAAUAAAGAUGUUAGAGUAUGCAUUAAAACAAGAAAGGGCAAAGUAUCACAAAUUAAAAUAUGGCACAGAACUGAACCAAGGUGAUCUGAAAAUGCCAACCUUUGAAUCAGAGGAAACCAAAGACUCAGAGGCUCCUGCACCACCUCAGAAUAGCCAGCUAACGUGGAAACAAGGCAGACAGCUGUUGAGACAGUAUCUUCAGGAAGUAGGAUAUACAGAUACAAUACUAGAUGUACGAUCUCAACGGGUAAGGUCAUUACUUGGACUGUCUAAUUCAGAACCCAAUGGAUCUGUAGAAGCAAAGAAUUUAGAACAGAUCCUGAAUGGUGGUGAAUCUCCUAAACAAAAAGGACAAGAAAUCAAAAGGCCCUCUGGUGAUGUUCUUGAGACAUUCAAUUUCUUAGAAAAUGCUGAUGACAGCGAUGAAGAAGAAAAUGACAUGAUUGAGGGCAUUCCAGAAGGGAAAGACAAACUUCGGAUCAGUAAGCACAAAAUAGGUAAUGAAGGUUUAGCUGCGGACUUAACGGAUGACCCUGAUACUGAGGAAGCACUGAAAGAGUUCGACUUUCUAGUGACUGCAGAAGAUGGCGAAGGGGCUGGUGAAGCACGGAGUUCAGGGGAUGGUACAGAAUGGGAUAAAGAUGACCUCUCCCCAACUGCUGAGGUUUGGGAUGUAGACCAGGUACUAAUAAGUAAACUGAAGGAACAGUACAAGAAGGAACGAAAGGGGAAGAAAGGGGUGAAGAGGGUCAACAGGACAAAACUCUGCGACAUGAUAGCUGAUCUGGGAGAUGAUGAGCUGCCCCACAUCCCUUCAGGAAUCAUUAAUCAGUCUAGGUCAGCCUCUCCUAGAGUGACUGAUGAUGAAGGUGCAAGAGCAGAGGAAGCUGAACCAAUAACGUUUCCAUCUGGAGGAGGCAAGUCAUUUAUUAUGGGUUCUGAUGAUGUUUUGUUAAGUGUACUGGGCCUUGGAGACCUUGCAGACUUGACGGUAACAAAUGAUGCAGACUAUAGUUAUGAUUUGCCGGCCAAUAAAGAUGCCUUUCGAAAGACUUGGAACCCCAAGUAUACACUACGUAGUCAUUUUGAUGGAGUGAGAGCAUUAGCUUUUCAUCCUGUAGAACCUGUACUGGUUACUGCCUCUGAGGACCACACCCUGAAACUUUGGAAUUUGCAAAAGACAGUUCCUGCCAAAAAGAGUGCCUCUUUAGACGUAGAGCCUAUCUACACAUUUAGGGCUCACAUUGGCCCUGUUCUUUCAUUAGCUAUUAGUUCUAAUGGAGAACAGUGUUUUAGUGGUGGUGUUGAUGCAACCAUUCAGUGGUGGAAUAUGCCUAGUCCUAACGUGGAUCCCUACGAUACAUAUGAGUCAAAUGUUCUAGCUGGCACUUUAGUUGCUCAUACAGAUGCAGUCUGGGGUCUUGCCUAUAGUGGCAUAAAAAAUCAGUUACUGUCUUGUUCAGCAGAUGGCACUGUUAGGUUAUGGACUCCUCAAGAAAAAUUGCCUUGUAUUUGCACUUACAAUGGAGACAAGGGACAUGGAAUACCUACAUCAGUUGACUUUAUAGGCUGUGAUCCAGCUCAUAUGGUGACCUCUUUCAAUACUGGUAGUGCGGUAAUUUAUGAUUUAGAAACAUCACAGUCAUUGGUGAUGCUUUCGUCACAGGUAGAUUCUGGUUUACAAUCUAGCAAUCACAUUAACAGAGUAGUAAGUCAUCCCACACUUCCUGUUACAAUAACUGCUCAUGAAGAUCGACACAUCAAGUUUUUUGACAAUAAAACGGGUAAAAUGAUCCAUUCUAUGGUAGCUCAUUUGGAUGCUGUUACAAGUUUAGCAGUCGACCCCAAUGGAAUCUAUUUGAUGUCUGGAAGCCACGACUGCUCCAUUAGAUUAUGGAAUUUGGAUAGUAAGACAUGUGUACAAGAAAUCACAGCUCAUAGGAAGAAAUUGGAUGAGUCCAUUUAUGAUGUUGCUUUCCAUCCGUCAAAGGCAUAUAUCGCCAGUGCAGGAGCUGAUGCCCUUGCCAAAGUGUUUGUGUGAACCGACAUAGACUCACAUCGUGAAAAAAAGAUUGGCUUGGUCAGAAAGAGGGUAUGUCUGCAUCACUGCCAUCAAGAAGGUUACUGAUAGGACACUACAUGUGAUCUGCCUGGGUAAAGCUAUUGGGGGCAGGCUUAAGUUGUUGGGAAUCACGUCUUCAUGUCAGGCUUAUUAGUUUAACUGUAAUUAACUGUAUUUGUGGGACAGAAGGAAAAAGGACUCCAGUAUCUGUGCUGUAUACUGGAUAUGAACUGAGUGUAGUUUUUUUUGUUUUGUUUUGUUUUUUUGUUUCAGCCAAUGUGGAGUCUGAUCUUACAAAAAAAAAAAUUAAAUUAAAUAAAUAAAGGACUUUUUGUUGGACUCUGUGUGCUGCCUUAGGGUUAGGAAUGUGGUGCUCUUGUGGGGAAGCAAGCUCCAAGAGUAGCUUUUUUUCAUCUCUUAGUUACCUUACGAUUAUCAGUUGAAUGCCACAGAUUCCCUUUUAAACUUAUUUUGCUUUAAAAAAGAAAAAAAAAAGAAAGAAAAGAAAUUUAACUUAAAAUAUUUUAGCAUUAGUUGCACAAAAUGUUUGAAUAAAAUUCUAGUUUUUAUAAGUCUUUUUAUAUAUUUAGCCUGUCACCACAGUGCUCAAGAUCAUAUUGAUGUUUUUCUGCAUUACACAGCCCUAAAACACAGAGCUCUCACUAACCUGCCACCUGUAACCACUUCCUGUCCUCCUUUUGCCUAAUACAGCUCAGCUAAGUCCUUCCUAAGAUGAUAAAUCACCUUCGUCUACAUGUCUUCAUGAAUCAAGGACUAUUAAGUGUAUUAAAACAAAGCUGUGGAGUCUAGUACUCCAAAUGAACUCUUUAAAAAACUAAUCUGACAUCCUAUCACUAUGUGAUAUUUUGUACAUCUUACUGUAUUUACAAGUUUAUUUAUCAAGGAUUAUCCAUCUUGCUAAUGGCCUGUUAUUUAUUUCACUUUUUGUUGGUCUUUAUAUCCUUUUAUUAAUGUGCUAAGGGAACCUGUUUAUCUAUUUUGGAACUCUUUGAACAGUCUAAAAUAGACUAAAAAUGGGAUAUUUUAUAGUUAAGUUACAAACCAAGGUGUUUCUCCCCAAGAUACUAUCUUGAUUUACCAUGAUUUCAGAACAAACAAUCUAGUUUAAAAAAAAAUUGGAGAAUAUUUUAUUGCCAUUACUUAUAUUUUAAAAAGUUGAAUCAGGAUACUGAAGUCUGCUGGAAUUGGACUAGUUUCCCCUGUUUUUGUUUGUUUGUUUGUUUUUAGAUGUGCUUAAUUUUAUGGUGUAACUAAAGAUUUUCUUUGUGUAAUGCAUGAUUAAGACAAUAAAGUAUUUUUUUCUAGUCUUCCAAAAACCUUUUCUGAUCAGUUUGCGAGUUUUGAUGAGUUUUGUAAGGUUUUUGUUUUCCAGACUAUGAAUCAGCAAAUUUUUAAGAUUGUACCACAAAGCAAACGUACAGCUGUUGAAAAAUAAUGUAUAUAAAAUGCAUAUAAUAAAUAUUAAAUUGUGUACCUGUAUGUUGCUGUUGGCCACAUCAUUUCGUGUUGAAUAAUAAAGUGCAAUACUCUCCAUGAUUAAA